ACCAACCUUGUACACUCUCUUGACCUGCUUGUUUUUCUUUGCCUGCUUAGAUGCGCGCUGCAUAGUACAUGAUAGCUGAAAUUCUUCUUCAAUCUACUUGAGCCCCGCUGCGACGAUGCCUGCGUUUUGUCCGAACCCGCUUUGUGCCAUUUCACUUGCAGUCUUCCUACGACCGCACACCUCGUCACUCAACCCUCGAUCCGCACCAAAGCCGCGCAACCAAGCGAUCAUUUGGAGAGCCCAGGGACAUUCGCGCAAGGACAAGUCUCGAAAUCAAGACCCGCUCUCCCACCUCUCAGCUCGCCGUCCAGCUUACCACCCUCCACAGGUUAAGCGCAGCGCGUUCAACAAGCGCCCCCGACCAAGCCCGCCUAAAUCGAAGUCGGUGACGAAGGCCGCUCGUUGCCUUUCUCUUUGUCUCCGCCUAUCAACAAAGGUCGCGCUGCCCUAUCGACCUAGCUCAAUACAUCGUCUUCAUCGCCUCAUCAGAUUCUGGGAGCGACCUGCCAAAUCGCCUCGAAGGCUAGCGUCUCUCUUCUCUCAUAGUUCUGAACGCCAUACGCCCCUAUUGAGACCGAUUAUAAUGCUGAUAAGCUGUAGCCUCCCUGUCCCAUCAUCACCGUCCUCAGGCCGACUGGCCGAUUCCUUUCAACCCAAUGUCUCACGAAAUCCCCCCAGACACCAGGCCUCACCACCGCCCACCCAGAUAAACGGUAUCCCGAGAGACUGUACUCGAACAACAAGUGCCGGCAUGGGUGGCUCAUCGGUCAGACGAAGGCUUGCUGAACAACGACAGGAACGGCAGAUUGCAGGAUGUCGAUUUCAAAACUGUGAUCACUGAUGACUACAUGCGAAUCGCCGUUGUAGUUUCAGCCAUGAACAACUGGAUAAGCGGUCGGGAGAAGGUCUUUCGAGCGUGGCA